GUUCAUUACAGUCUCUGGUUUUAGCUGUGUUGUAGCUAAGCUAGUUAACUCUUCUCUAGCUCCCUCCUCCUGAACUUUGGACCUCCGUCUCUGGGCUUUAAUGGCCGGCUUAGCCCUGAAACUCUCCGCUCCCUGGCGUUUUGUCAAAUUAAGAAGCCUGGCAAGAUUCUCCAGCAUUCCCAGUCUGAAGUUCCACACCACAGCCUCUCCUCUGAUGAGUGCAACAGUAGAGCAGUUUGAGCAAGCCAAAGGCAGACUGUCGACACUGAAGAACGACCCGGGGAACGAAGUCAAACUGCAGAUCUACGCCCUCUUCAAACAGGCCACUCAGGGUCCCUGCAACACCCCCAAACCAGGCAUGCUGGACUUCGUCAACAAGGUCAAAUGGGACGCGUGGAAAUCCCUGGGCUCCAUAUCGCAGGAGGAUGCCAGGCAGAAGUACUGCGACCUGGUUGGCUCUCUGGUCACUGCAGAAGGUGGAAGCUCCGCCCAGGUGGCCGCACAGCCUGCUGCGAGCGGGUCAACGUACGAGACGCUGCUGGUCACCACGGAGGAUAAGAUCACCACCAUCAAACUGAACCGACCGGCCAAGAAAAACGCCAUCACCUCCGGGAUGUACGAUGAGAUUGUUGCAGCUCUGGCGCAGGCAGCUAAAGACGACUCGGUCAUCACCGUUAUAACUGGUGCUGGUGAUUACUACAGCAGCGGAAACGAUCUGAGUAACUUCACUAAGAUCCCCGAGGAGGGGGUGGAGCAGCUGGCCAAAAGUUCAGCAGAGCUGCUCAGGAGGUACGUGAGUGCCUACAUCGACUUCCCGAAGCCGCUGGUCGCCGUGGUGAACGGACCGGCUGUAGGAAUCUCAGUCACGGUGUUGGGACUGUUUGACCUGGUCUACGCGUCAGAGAGGGCCACCUUCCACACUCCGUUCAGUCAGCUGGGUCAGAGCGCUGAGGGCUGCUCGUCCUACACCUUCCCCAAGAUCAUGGGCCACGCAAAGGCCACUGAGAUGCUGCUGUUCAACAAGAAGCUGACGGCGGCUCAGGCGUCUGAGCUCGGUCUGGUCACCGAGGUUUUCCCUGAAAGCAGCUUCCAGUCUGAGGUUUGGACCCGACUGAAGAGCUACGCCAAGCUGCCUCCCAAGUCCCUCACCUACUCCAAACAGCUGAUCCGGUCGACAGAUAAAGAGCGUCUGCACGCGGUGAACGAUGCAGAGGUGGAGCGUCUUACGGAGCGCUGGCUCUCAGAUGAGUGUAUGAACGCCAUCAUGACCUUCUUCCAGGCCAAGGCCAAGCUCUGAGAGAGACGUGUGUGAGUGUGUGUGACGGAGAGAGAUAGAGAGAGAGUGUGUUUCUGACAUAAUCAGGUGAAGAUAAAUAAUAAUUUAAAAAUGUCGUGAACUGACAUAGAGACAGAACUCAAACACAACUUUAAUUAAUGUGUACAAUAGACUGUAAUUAAGAACUGGAGCCAGUGAAGAAGAGCCUUACACCUGCAGUAUUUCUUCUGACCAACAGGGGGUCUGAUUGUAUAGAAGUCUAGGAUCAAUUUUACUAAUCAUUUUAUUUGAUCUCUAGUUUCAAGUCUUUUUUCAACACAGCAUGAUUUAGAGUCAAAGAGACCAGAAAGAGGGGGCGGGGUUAGGUGUGGGGCUUCCUCUGAUUGAUAGGUGGCUUACAUGGGAAACUAAAUGUUUAGUUCAGGGUUAGGUUGAUCCAAAAGAAGCAAGAAGGAGAGGAAUGUUCAUCAUGGGUGAGACGAUGUACAUAUCUCACCAGACGAGACGAUAUCUUAAUAUCUUUUAAGAAAACUUUGACGACAAGAGAUACGACUUGAAAAAAACAGUCUUUCAUUCCUUUGAAAUGCAAACAGGCGUGCGUGCAUGCGGGCGCACUGGCUGAACAUGCAGUGUGUGAGUCUGACAAAACAAACUGUUUGUUCAAAACUGUGUCUUCAGUUUUUGGAGCAAACACAGCGCUCAAUAACGGAUUUUACAGCUGCUCUAACAUUCGGUGUCUGAUGGAUGUUAUACACAGCCACCAGCUGAUACAUGCACGAUAAAUACAGACAUGGGGAGAUUCAACAGAGAAGCUCCUGUAUUAGUUUCAGUUUAAGAUAAAAACUCUUUACUCUUGUUUUGUCUGCAUAGGCUGUUCACCUUCCAAAUCUAAUAGCUAACGUGAAAUAUCGACGCUCAUAACUUGGGACUUCCUAACCCGUAUCUCAUCUUUAGCUCCGCCCUCUUGUCCAGAUAAACGAGAUGGUGUCAGCCAAAUUAACAAACUUGCUUCAAAACCGUCCUCGGAUCAACAGGUGACAUCAUGUUGACGUCGUCCGCUUCUUUUAUGCAGUUUAUUCUUACAUGCUCUUUUCUUUCUUUUUCAUCAUGUCAACAGUUGACGUGCAGAUUUUACUGCAGUUCUCUGAAACAGAGUCACCAGAAGCUUCCAUGUUAAUCUUUUUAUUUGUAUCUAACACCAAUGGUUUGUCAGAUUUUCAGUCCUGCAGACCCUGCUGCUUGAUAACCAUCACUUUGACAGACUGUCGCUGUAACAAACCUGCCUUCAUUCUCUGCAGCCUUCUUCUUUUUAAACAACAUUUAUUUCACUUUUAUCAGACUGUGAACUCGCACCUCGAUCUAACAUCUGUAAUGUUUGCAAAUGUGAUGAAUGUUAAGAAACACAAAGGACUCAGUUGAUGUUUGAGACUCUGUUGAUGGGGAAAGUGCCUUUCAACACUUCAUAACAUCUGUGAGAGUGACGGCUUCAAAUCUGAUCUUUGUCCCUUGUUUUCUCCAUUGAUCAAUAAAAGACCAGAAUAUGUAACAAUUUAAA